UUGUGUUUUGAAAUGGAUUUAUUAGGGUAUUAGCUAUAUGAUGGUGCGGCUCGUAAAGAGUCUAUCACAGAAAGUUUCUGAGCAGUCUGAAGCCUCUUCAACUUCUUUCAUGUAUCAGGCGGCAGUUUGCAAUGUCAGAAGCCGACUUGGAUGACCGGGCAAAUGCAGAGAAUCCAGAGUCUUCCAAUGCGGAAUCGGACUUGGAGGAGGAAGUCGAGGACUCGUCUGACGAGUCUGAAGUGCGCCGCCCCAAACGAAGACGAGCAGCUCGCAAACCUCCCCAGCAUCAACUGAACCAGGUACUCCUCGACAUCAAUCACGGCUAUAACAUCCAUGCUGGUACUAGGUUAUCGCCCGAUAUUGAUAGCCGGGGGAUCAGCAAAGAUCGUGCUGGGUCAAACAACAGCAGGACUAGCAGUCAAGAAAGGUUGAUGAAAAGGCGACAUACUACAGUGUACGAUGCAGUUAGAUUAUCACGGGCAACGGCCGACGAAAUUUUGGCAUCCCGUGUCUCUGGACUUCAGCGAGCUUUAAGCAAAGAAUACGGAGCUGUUUCAGAGCGAGAUCUUCCUUCUAGCGAGCUGCUUGCCGCACUGCACGCCUACUGGUCCAAACGGGCUGACCAUAUCCCGGGCGGUCGAGCAUCAAUACGCGCGCUUGACGGUGGAGCGCUUAUAGCCCUUGGAUUUUUGGUCGAGGCGUCCAGUGCUGCUCUGAUACGAGGAGCUUCGGAUACCUGAGGUCUGCGCGAACGCCUAUCGAAACCACUACGGCCCAUUCUGGUUCUUCGUUCUUCCAUAAUGUCAGCACAUUGCGUGCCCAGAGACGCCUACCUAAUCUGAUGUAGGGCUA